AUGACGGUGGCGUGGUUUGGCGUGGCGUGGCGUGGAAUGGCAUGGCGUGGUGUAUGCCAGGAUGGUGGGUGUGGCUUGGUGUAUGCCAUGACGGUGGCGUGGCGUGGCAUGAUUUGGCAUGGUGUAUGCAAUGAUGAUGGGCGUGGCGUGGUGUAUGCCAUGACGGUGGCGUGGCGUGGCGUGGCGUGGCGUGGUGUAUGCCAUGACGGUGGUGUGGCGUGGCGUGGUGUAUGCCAUGACAGUAGUGUGGUGUGGCGUGGGCGUGGCGUGGGCAUGGCAUGGCAUGGCAUGGCAUGGCGUGGCGUAUGCCAUGACGGUGGGCGUGGCGUGGUGUAUGCCAUGACGGUGGCGUGGCGUGGCGUGGCAGAUGCCAUUAGGGGUGGGACGAGGUGGAAGAUGACGGGAGAGCAUGGAAAGAAGAGUGUGGUGUGGUGUGACAAGGUGUGGUGUGGUGUGGUGUGA